AUGACCAAUUCCACUUCGACUCGCGACGUCAAACCCACAUCUACCGCCGAGUUCACCGACAUCCUCCACACCGCCAAAUACUAUGUCGAUGCUCUCCGUACUGGCGACGUUGAGUUCAGUCGCAAGGGCUUCCACAGGGACGCCACAAUGUCCGGCUAUCUCGGCCCCGAGUUCUCAACAGGUCCGAUCCGGAAUCUGUUCGACCUGAUGCGCGAAAAGGGGGGGACCCCCGAGUUGACCUAUCACCUCACGGUGCUUGCAACCACGCCAACUACCGCGAUUGUCGAAGUGGACUCUGAGCUCGAGACGGAGGGGUUCAGGGAUCAUUUGAGUCUAGUCAAGGUUGAUGGCAGGUGGCAGAUUGUUAGCAAGAUCUUUCAUAUAUAUGAGGCCAAGGCUUAG